UCUACGAAAAAUACAAAAAUUAGCCGAGCGUGGUGGUACACGCCUGUUGUCCCAGCUACUUGGGAGGCUGAGGCAGGAAAAUGACUUGAACCUAGGAAGUGGAGGCUGCAGCGAGCUGAGAUCGCUCCACUGCCCUCCAGCCUGGGCAACAGAGCAUGACUCCAUCUCAAAAAAAAAACAACAAAAAAAAGAUGGGGCCAGACGAUGUAGGGUUUUGUAUGUUACCUUAAGGGAUGCUGACUGUCCUCAGUGCAGUGGAGAAUUUAAGCAGGGUAAUGAUAGCAGGUUCCUUAAAGAGACCGGUUGUUGGCUGUGUCUGUUGCAUUUGAUUGAAGGGGACCAAGCUGGAGACAGGGACUCCAUCUAGGAGGCUGUGGCAUGCCUGCUUGGAUAAUGUUGCCAUGCCUGAGAGAGGGCACAUUAAGAUGAAGAAUUGGAUUUAGGCAUGGUGGGGAGGGAAGUUUAUUUUAGGCAUCAUUAGUUUGAAUUGCCUGUGACGAUAUCUGUAUGGAGACAUCAGCAGACAAUUCGAUGUAUGAUUGCGAAGUUUAAGAAGGUCCAGCCAGUGCCACUAACAGGGAGGAAGUAGUUGAGCCAUGAGAAAUGUUGAAGUCAUCAGGGAGAAUGUGCGCAAUGAGAGGAGCAGAAAGCCAAGGUCAGGCUGGGGAGUAGCCUUACCUACAGCCAAGCAGAGGCUCUUGCAAAGGAGAUGGGGAUGGGAUGACUAGAGCGAUAAAAGUACAGUGGUCUGAAAGCCAAGGGAAUAGAAAAUUCCCAGGAAAGCAUCAUUUAAAAAUGUCAAAUGUAAGAUAAGGACUGAAAAAUGUCUUCUGGAUUUGGCUUUUAAGAGCUGUGACUGUGACUGUAAGAGGUGUUUCCAGAUUGCAGUAGGUUGAUGAGUAAGUAAGGGUUGAGAUAACUUUUAGAAAAUGGUGUCUGAGGCCGGGCGUGGUGGCUUAUGCCUGUAAUCCCAGCACUUUGGGAGGCCGAGGCGGGCGAAUCACGACGUCAGGAGAUCGAGACCAUCCUGGCUAACAUGGUGAAACCGCAUCUCUACUAAAAAUACAAAAAAUUAGCCGGGUGUUGUGGAGGGUGCCUGUAGUCCCAGCUACUCCGAGGGCUGAGGCAGGAGAAUGGCGUGAACCCAGAAGGCGGAGCUUGUAGUGAGCCGAGAUUGCGCCACUGCCCUCCAGCCUGGACGACAGAGCGAGACUCCGUCUCAACAACAACAACAAAAAAAAGAAAAUGGUGUCUGAAAAGAGAGCUGUGAUGGUAGCUGGAGAGUGACUCAAGAUAGACUCAUUUUAACGUAGCAGAAACUGGAGCCUAUUUACAAACUCUUCGGGGGAAAGAGCCCAGAAAGAAGGAAAGUGGCUGUCUGGAUGUGAGUUUAUGGACUGACAUCAAACAGACCUUGUUGGGAAUGAAGGCCUGAAGAGUAAGCAUAUGGGUGGGAGGUAGUUGAAAGAGAACCUUCCAGAUAAUCUGUUUUCUUCAUGAAUAAGUAAUAAAGUAAUAUCUGCUGAGAGAAGAAAGGGAUGAGGUCGAUUACGAGAAGACCCUCAAGCAUGACAGGGUCUCCCUAUGUUGCCUAGUCUGGGCCCGAACUUCUGGGCUCAAGUGAUCUCCUACGUCAGCCUCCCAAAGCACUGAGAUUACAGGACCGUUGUAGAAUCCUUCAGUCAUUACAUAUCUGGUGAGACCCUAGCGAUGAAGAAUCUCACCUGCAAAUGAAGAAAGUUGCCUGGCCGACGAGAGUUUGAAAUGAAAGGAUUCCAGGGUUUCUUUCUACUGAGCGUAUUCAAUAAGCAGGGCUUAUUAUACUAUCUAGAAUGGUGCUAUCCUGUAGAAAUACAAUGUCUCUACAGGAGAAGACGAGAUCGUCCGGAUAGUUUGAGAGUAAAUGGGUUACCGAAGGAAGAGCUAAGCAACAUGGCCAAUGCCCUGGCCAGCGCCACUUGCGAGCGCUGCAAGGGCGGCUUUGCGCCCGCUGAGAAGAUCGUGAACAGUAACGGGGAGCUGUACCAUGAGCAGUGUUUUGUGUGCGCUCAGUGCUUCCAGCAGUUCCCAGAAGGACUCUUCUAUGAGUUUGAAGGAAGAAAGUACUGUGAACAUGACUUUCAGAUGCUCUUUGCCCCUUGCUGUCAUCAGUGUGGUGAAUUCAUCAUUGGCCGAGUUAUCAAAGCCAUGAAUAACAGCUGGCAUCCCGAGUGCUUCCGCUGUGACCUCUGCCAGGAAGUUCUGGCAGAUAUCGGGUUUGUCAAGAAUGCUGGGAGACACCUGUGUCGCCCCUGUCAUAAUCGUGAGAAAGCCAGAGGCCUUGGGAAAUACAUCUGCCAGAAAUGCCAUGCUAUCAUCGAUGAGCAGCCUCUGAUAUUCAAGAAUGACCCCUACCAUCCAGACCAUUUCAACUGCGCCAACUGCGGGAAGGAGCUGACUGCCGAUGCACGGGAGCUGAAAGGGGAGCUAUACUGCCUGCCAUGCCAUGAUAAAAUGGGGGUCCCCAUCUGUGGCGCUUGCCGACGGCCCAUCGAAGGGCGCGUGGUGAACGCCAUGGGCAAGCAGUGGCAUGUGGAGCAUUUUGUUUGUGCCAAGUGUGAGAAACCCUUUCUCGGACAUCGCCAUUAUGAGAGGAAAGGCCUGGCGUAUUGUGAAACUCACUAUAACCAGCUAUUUGGUGAUGUUUGUUUCCACUGCAAUCGUGUUAUAGAAGGUGAUGUGGUCUCUGCUCUUAAUAAGGCCUGGUGUGUGAACUGCUUUGCCUGUUCUACCUGCAACACUAAAUUAACACUCAAGAAUAAGUUUGUGGAGUUCGACAUGAAGCCAGUCUGUAAGAAGUGCUAUGAGAAAUUUCCAUUGGAGCUGAAGAAAAGACUUAAGAAACUAGCUGAGACCUUAGGAAGGAAAUAAGUUCCUUUAUUUUUUCUUUUCUAUGCAAGAUAAGAGAUUACCAACAUUACUUGUCUUGAUCUACCCAUAUUUAAAGCUAUAUCUCAAAGCAGUUGAGAGAGAAGAGGACCUGUAUCAAUGGUUUUAUGUCAUUUUUUUAAUUAAAAAAGAAAAAUUCAUAUAAUCGUGUUUAAAACACAGAUGAAGUCAGUAUUUGCGUUUGUUAACCCUUAUCCAUUUGUUGACAUGUAGACUGUUUACAAAAAAAAAAAAAACAUGUGGUUAAAUGUUAAAUUUUAAUUAAGGCCCCCAAAAAUUAAAUAUAACUUUUUAAAAUGAAAGGAGUCACCUUUUACAUGACUCAGGUGAAAAAACAGUAUAAACAUUAAUUUACUUUCUAUUCAAAAGAAGAUUCCAACUGCUGUUGGGGAAGGACACAGAAAAGAAAAAUAACCACCCAAGAAAAACAAAACAAUCUUUAGUAUAUUUAUCAAACUAGUAGCUAUAAAGUGAAUAUGCACAUUGCUAAGACAGAAAACAAGUGUAAUUCAGAACUACUUGAUUUUUUUUUAGUUAAAUGCAAUAAUUAUUAUGCUUAGUUUUAUAACCUGCUCUCCUUGUGAAUUCUUCCUUCAAAUGAUUACUUAACACAGUAGUAAUAGCUAGCUAGUAGGAUGUCUUUUAAAUUUUUGUUCAAAAAAAUUUAUACCAGAUAUUUGGAAAUAUACUUUACAGUAUUGGAAAAUGAAGUAUUUUUAAUGUAUUACAGCAAUUGUUUCUAAGCUUAAUGUUAGGCAUGUAGUCUUAGAAUAGGACAUGAAAUUAAAUUGUAUGUAGCUUGGAACGUAUUGCUUCAGAAAACUGAAUGUGUAUGUCGGUCAUAUUGCCUUUAUAACCAUGAUAAUAUCUAUGCUUUAUACAUACUCAAACUUGCCUUGCCUUAAAAAAAUACAUACUACAUGCUUAAAUCAGAAAUUCUAGCCAUCUCACAGAAUACCAACUGAAACUAAGUGCAUUGAGAUCUGAGAUUGGUAAACCCAGAUUCAUUUACCACAGCUGUAAUUAAGUUUUUAGAAACUCUAUUCUCCUCUUUUUGGGGAAAUCCAUUGAAGUUAAUUUCUGUUAUCUUAUUAGAAGAAAAUGAUGUUGAUAUGUUUCAGAUUUUCCAUUUCAAAUCUUAUAAUUAAUUGGAUUUAUUUACUAUAAGUAGGAGGUAUAAAUGACACUCUUAAAUUGGAAGGAGGGGUGUUUUAGUGUCUGUUUUAGGUCAAAAUUAAUGAUUCUAUUUUUAUCAAAAGUUUUAUCCUGAAGUUUCAGGACCACUCUUCCUUAAUAAACUUGUUAAUGGAAAGCAAGCUUUAUGAACAUUUAAAAAUGUUGCUGCUGCUUUGUUACUUAAAAAGAAAGUUGCCAAGAGAGACUUCUUAGGGAAAAUAUUUGUUUUUUUUCCAAAAAUUGCUGAAAUAUGGUUUUGCCAUUUUUAAAAAGUCUCAGGUUAUUACCACUCUGCCAUUAAAUAUUUGUAUGCCUGCAUUUUUAAAAAUUCUGUGCAUGUACUUUAUAGAGUACAUUCUAUUUCUGUUUUCAGAUACCCUACAACCAAUUUUUUUUAGUAAUCUUUUAGAAUUAAAAUUAUCAUAAAUGAUUGAAAAUAAUAAUCACAUAGUUUAAGAUUGUAUGUGUUCAGUAGUUUAAAACAAUCUUUGCAUUUGACAGUAAGAAUCAAAGUCCCUUCAGUGUGCCUUUGUCAGCUAAUAUGUGACCAGCAAUGACAACCUUGGGAGUAUUUAUUAAAUAUUAUACUAUGAAUAUAGGCAACAUAGGACAGGGUUUGCAGUAUAGAGUCUUGAGGCUAAAUUCUCAUAUACCUCUACACGAGAAAUAUGGAGGAGGAAAACAAGCAUUUACAUAUAUUCUUCGUCACUUUGAAGAUGCAUGGCCUGAACUCGACUGCUUGUGUUUGUUUACAUAUCAGGCAUAGCCAGGCAUCUCCUGUAGCCAGAGGUUCCAUUGCUGUCUUUGCUCAGUCCUCUUUUAAAAUAUGAAUUAGUGGACAGGCGCGGUGGCUCACACCUGUAAUCCCAGCACUUUGGGAGGUCGAGGCAGGUGGAUCAUGAGGUCAGGAGAUCAAGAUCAUCCUGGCUAACACCGAAACCCCAUCUCUACUACAAAAAAAUUAGCUGGGCGUGGUGGCGGGUGCCUGUAGUCCCAGCUAUUCGGGAGGCUGAGGCAGGAGAAUGGUGGGAACCCAGGAGGCAGAGCUUGCAGUGAGCCAAGAUUGCGCCACUGCACUCCAGCCUGGGCAACAGAGCAAGACUCCGUCUCAAAAAAAAUUAAAAAAUAAAAAUAAAUUAUGAAUGAGUAUUUUCUAGAAAUUCAACUUGCUAAGCCUGUAAUACUUAAGGGUAGUUUAUCUAGAUACAGUACUUUCUUCCCUGAUAAGUAGUAUCAUUGGAGCCCUUAGGUAUAGGAGAAGAGGAAGAAGUUUAAAAAGUGUACCUGGGCCGGGUGUGGUGGCUCACUCCUGUAAUCCCAGCAGUUUGGGAGGCCGAGGGGGGCAGAUCACGAGGUGAGGAGAUUGAGACUUUCCCGGCUAACACGGUGAAACCCCGUCUCUACUAAAAAUACAAAAAAACAUGAGCCAGGCGUUGUGGCGGGCACCUGUAGUCCCAGCUACUCGGGAGGCUGAGGCAGGAGAAUGGCUUGAACCCAGGAGGCGGAUCUUGCAGUGAGCCGAGAUCGCGCCACUGCACUCCAGCCUGGGUGACAGAGCAAGACUCCGUCUCAAAAAAAAAAUAAAAAGUGUUUAAGUGGAUUAAAAGAGAAACUUGGUCUAGUUCAUAAUAUUUUUAAUAGGGCUUUCCCUGGCUGCUGGAAAACUUAGGCCAGUAAGCAUCUCUUUGUUUAAAGUCCUACAAGACAAUUUGAAAUAAUUCAUUGUUCAUGCCAAAAUUCUAAGUACUGUUUUUCUUAGCAAGUGUGAUAUAACCGGGAAAAAUGGGUACAAGUAAAAGAUUCUUUGGAUCAUACUCAAAGCUUUAUUAGCACUGCACCUGAAUAAUAGGUCAUUUUGCCUCACUCAUUUGCCAAAGUAGCCAUUUCUAAGUUAAGGAAGUUUUUAGGUAGGCUCAUAGCCUUCUGUUUCAUUUUAGAUUGUAAGCUCAAUGGCAGGGAUACUAUAUCGAUAAUUAUGUUUUCAUAUAGCAACCAUCACAUUAUAUUCUUGGUGCUUAAUAAAUGUUAAUAAUUGUUAACAAUAA